GGCAGCAACUGUGGCUGCGGCGGCGGGCGGGAAAGGCGGCGAUGUUGGCGGCGGCGCGAGCCGACUACCUGGCGCCCUGGUGGGCAUCCUGGCUGCACGGGCUCCCCCAUGUGAGCUUGAGCCUGCAGCCCGUGUCCAGCGCCUUCCGCCCGAGGGACGCCGACUACCAGCAGUCCUUGAUUUUCUUGGCCCUGGUGGGAGCAAUCUUCUUGGGCAUCAACCUGGUCUUCCUUGGCAUCUAUCUAAUCUGCCUAUGCUGCUGCAAGAGGGAAGAAGAGUCGGAGACAAAGAGGUCCAAUUCUUGUUGCAUCACAUGGACUGCUGUGGUGACCGGUCUCAUCUGCUGUGCUGCUGUUGGUAUUGGCUUCUAUGGCAACAGUGAAACCAACGAUGGGGUUUAUCAGCUGAUCUAUGCCCUGGAUAAUGCUAAUCACACCCUUGCUGGGAUUGAUUCACUGGUCUUCAGUACCACUACGCAGAUGAAAGUAGCUUUGGAGCAGCACCUGGCCCGGCUGAAUGAGAUCUUUGCCACCCAAGGCGACUAUGUGCAGACACUGAAGUUCAUGCAACAGAUGGCAAACAAUAUUGUGCUGCAGCUGUCGGGGCUCCCUGUCUGGGGGGAUGUCGCCAUAGACCUGUCCCAAGUCACCAGUGAAGUCAGCUAUGUGGAAUAUUACAGAUGGCUCUCCUACCUCUUGCUGUUCAUCUUGGACUUGGUGAUCUGCCUUAUUGCCUGCCUGGGACUUGCGAAGCACUCCAGAUGUCUGCUUAUCAUGAUGCUGUGUUGUGGUCUUUUCAUGCUCAUUCUCAGCUGGGCUUCCUUUGCAGCAGAUGUUUCGGUGGCAGUGGGUACCAGUGACUUCUGCAUGGCCCCAGAUAAAUUCAUCUUGAAUAUAACGAAGGGGGACCUCAGUGCAGAGAUCGUCCAGUACUAUUUGUACUGCAGCCAAAGUCUGACCAACCCCUUCCAACAGGCCCUGACCAUCUACCAGCGCUCCCUCACAACCAUGCAGAUCCAGAUCCAGGGCCUCAUGCAGUUUGCUGUGCCCCUUUUCCCCACAGCGGAGAAAGAUCUGCUUGGCAUACAGCAGCUACUGAACUACUCCGAGACCAGCCUCCACCAGCUAACUGCCAUGUUGGACUGCAGGGGUCUGCACAAAGAUUACCUGGAUGCCUUGAUCGGGAUCUGCUACGAUGGUGUGGAAGGGUUGCUCUACCUCAUUCUCUUCUCUCUCUUGGCUGCUGUGUCCUUCUCCACCAUCAUCUGUGCUGUGCCGCGUGCCUGGAGGCACUUAGCCCACAGAGACCAGGAUUACGACGACAUAGAUGAGGAAGACCCCUUCAAUCCCCAGGCCCGCCGCAUUGCCGCCCACAACCCCAACCGUGGACAGCUUCGUAGUUUCUGCAGCUACAGUAGCAGCCUGGGCAGUCAGACGAGUCUCCAGCCUCCCUCGCAGACCAUCUCCAAUGCUCCUGUGUCUGAGUACAUGAACCAAGCUGUGCUCUUUGGUGGGAACCCACGCUAUGAAAACGUCCCACUGAUUGGAAGAGGAUCGCCUCCCCCCACGUAUUCUCCAAGUAUGCGAGCCACCUAUCUUUCGGUUAAUGAUGAUCACAGGCGACAGCACGGCCACGAAUUUCCGGCCUAGCAGUCAGCUAGUAGAGCAGAAUCCACAAACCAUGUUGCUAUAGCGGAACCUGACAACACGGACGGCACGUGGACUGCAGGAAAUGGGGCUGCUUCCAUGGUGAAGUGGCAGAGAAGGGCACUCGGAGAGCGAGUCAGCUGAAGAAGAUGACCUGCGGGCACUCUGGAUAGUCUUCCGGGGCUUAACCCUUGUGCUCAGCUGGCAGCUUUUUUCUUGCAGUCUUUAGUCUUCCUCUCCUGCACACCCAGGAUGGUACCCAGUGCCUCCAUCCACAGAGUUAAUUACUCCGACGUCUUCUCUCUGACUCACCAUCUCCUCUUCCUUCCUGCCACCAGUGCAUUGUCUUCUCUGACCUUUUUGGGGGGCUGUGGGGAGGUGGAAUGAGGGGCUUGCGCUGGCACACCUGUGUGCACAGGCUUACUGGGAGCUCCCCUUUCCGUUUCCCCUGCACUGACUUUGGAGCUCACUUGUCCAUCAUUGAUGAUGAUGUGGUUUGGGCUUCCUUUUAAUGUUAUUAGAGCAAAUAAUAUGACCAGUACACUGUACAAGUUAAUCCAAACACAGACACGUGUGGUGUACGUUGAUCAAAGGGCAGUGGGGUGCAUGUCACCACAGAAGAUGCUCCUCAUUUCUGAGUCAAAUGCAGUAUCAACCACUAAAGUAAAUGUCAUUUUUCCUCUGGAGAAGCCUCUGCACCAAGCCUAUGGCUGGUUGGCUGGGCACUAUGCUUCUUUAUCAUCAUCCGCUUAUGACAGCACCCGUUUGCGAGGUAUGAUGCAAGAUCCGCACACAGUAUUCUCCUUGCUCUUAAAAUUAACAAGAAAUUCAGCAAAUGUUGCUGCAGUGGCCUCAGGUAUUAUUUGGAACAUAUGGGGUGGGAGGGAGUAUCCUUUUGCGUAUUUUUGUUGUUAUGUGUGCUAUUAUUAUUGUUGUUAUUAUUCCAGUGUUUUAUAUUGGCUAUCCAAAGAACAUAAUCUUGUUUUUGAUCUUUUUACAGAAUUUUUAUUAAUGUGUAUGUAUGAAUUGUUUUCUGUGUGUAUGAAUAUUUUGCAGGUCAACUUGUUGUUUUUAGCACUGAUUUUUUUUUUCCUAAAUGGAGAAAUGAGAACAAAAUUAACAAGUAACCUCCUAAGGCAGUCCUCCUAACUCCAUUCUCCAUGUAUGGUAAAAUGUCUGACUCCAAGCAUUCUAUUCUCUCACUAUGUUAAGGGAACAAAAAUAACAGGGAAAUAGGACUGGGUUGAAGAUGAUACAUAUAAUUGGGAGCAGUGGCUCCGGAGCGGUCCAGUGAAGGUGCCUAUUGACAGCCUGUUAGCACAGUUUCCCUUCAGUGAUGUCCACUUUCUCCUGCAGUGACAGAAGUUCAGUAAACUAAACCUGCUGCUCACUGAAGCAGCUGCUAGCACCAUUUUCACUGUCUGUACAAACAGAUCCUGAUUUGCCACUCCAUAUUAGAGGGGUCCCCUUUGCCCUUGUCUUCCUGUUUGGAGAGAGGAAGAGAGACACCCUCUCUCACAGUGGGGACUGCUGGGAGGCAGGGAGAAGCAUCAAGGGAAGGGGUUCAAAAUCGGUCCAAAUGCAGGUGCUGAAUGCUCUUUAACCUACAGGUUCUGCUGUGCCAUUCUCUCACGGAUCUAAUUUCAGCUUUUGCCAAAAGCAGUCUAACUCCUUUUUUUUAUUUUUUUUAAAGUCAGGGAGGUUGCAUUUGCUCAGGCUGUGUUGAAGUUCCCUGUGGGUUGCUCAACCUUUUGUACUUUGACAUUGUCAGAAGCGAAAGCAAUAUGUACACACUCUCACGGGAACCCACCCAAGCACAAAGAACCCAGAAAACCUCAGCCCUGAGCACAGCAAGUGAAACUUCCUGGUUGGCCUCAGCCAGAGCCAGUGGCAUUGGUGCCGCACACUGUACACAAUGGCAUCUGACAACAACCGCGUGGGGCAACAGUGCUAAAAACUGCAGGGGUAGAAAGUUGCCCCCCUAGGCAUACAACGCCACACAGAGGUUUUAAUUACUUGACAGCAAUGACUCACUGUGUCUUUUAUCAAGAGUUUCUUGUACAUAUCAUGUACGGCAACAUAAUUUGUACAUUCAUCUUAUAUGUGACUGACUACCACAUAAGGCAUGAGGAGGGGAAAACCCUGAUUUUGUGCUUUUAAUCUUGUCAUUGUAACAAAACUGUCAAAACUGGUUUUUUAAAACACGCAUGUGAACUAACCUCAUCUCAGACUCCUUUGGAGCUAUGCCUGAUUUGUAUGUACUGACCGAGAAACAAAUAAUAAAAACUUGUACUAAAAGGUGA